CCGGCUAUGGCGAGACCCCUGCUCACCUAGGGUCCGCCUCCUCAGUCGCCGUCCCCGCGAACUGUAUCCUCAGAGCUUGCUUUCUGUUUCAGGACAGAGAUACAUAUGACACGUUCUCAUUUAGAGAAAAUUUCCCCAAAACUCCAAAAUUAUGAGCAGCUGUAUUUGACUUAUUGCCCAUGGUAAUGAAAUUGAAGGAUACUUCAUGUAGACGGCAAUAUCAAGUUGUCUUACUCGAGUUUGGCAGGCUGACUAUGGAACCUUGAGUCAACUAUGUUCAUCUGGCUGGGACAAUAGCUUGUUUGGCUUGUUGUUCAUAGUUCCUAGUUGCUACCAAGUACGCGUGAUCGCUUAGAUAAGGGCCUCCUUCAGUUGGAGGGGAGAACUGCUUCCAUGCUUACUCAAGCUUACACAGAAUAGAAGGCCUAAUGGGCAUGGCUUUCAGUUCCUUUUUUACCAUCGUGUUCUUGAUUUCUUUGUGCAAAUCAGAUGGCCAGUUAACACCUGCAAAGCCACUCUACCCUGGCGACAUGCUUAUCUCGGAUGCUAAGGAGAGUAAUGUAGUGAAGAUUGUCCUUCCGAUUAUGUCUAGCCUGCUGAUCCUCACAUGCAUAUGCCUUGUAUGGAUACGCAAGUCAAGGGGUAAACACCGAAGCAAGGAAAUUCAGAACAAACUUAUGGUACAAUACUUGAGUGCUUCAAAUGAACUUGGGGAUGAAGAUGUGGAUUUUCCAUUCAUUGGCUUUGAAGAUGUUGUAACUGCAACAAACAAUUUUUCCAGUUAUAAUAUGCUUGGAAAAGGAGGAUUUGGCAAAGUCUACAAGGGAAUUUUGGAAGGUGGCAAGGAAGUUGCUGUUAAAAGGCUUAGCAAAGGUUCUGGGCAAGGAAUCGAUGAGUUCAGAAAUGAGGUGGUCCUUAUUGCCAGAUUGCAGCACAAAAAUUUAGUUAAACUUGUUGGUUGUUGCAUUCAUGAACAUGAGAGGUUACUGAUCUAUGAAUACUUACCUAACAAAAGCUUGGAUGCUUUCCUUUUUGAUGCUACAAGGAAAACAGUGGUUGAAUGGCCAAAACGGUUCAAAAUAAUAAAAGGGGUGGCACAAGGGCUUCUUUAUCUCCACCAAGAUUCAAGAUUAACAAUUAUUCAUAGAGAUCUCAAAGCAGGCAACAUCUUGCUGGAUGAUGAGAUGAGUCCCAAGAUAUCAGAUUUUGGCAUGGCACGGAUCUUUGGUGGAAAUCAGCAACAAGCAAACACCACCCAGGAUGUUGGGACAUAUGGUUACAUGUCUCCUGAAUAUGCGAUACAAGGUAUCUUUUCUGUCAAGUCUGACGUAUAUAGCUUUGGUAUUCUACUAUUGGAGAUUGUAAGUGGCUUCAGGAUCAGCUCACCCCAUCUCAUACCAGGCUUCCCAAACCUUAUAGCUUGUUCUUGGUGCUUAUGGAAGGAUGGAAAUGCAAGGGAUUUGGUGGACUCAGCCAUCGUGCAGAGUUGUCCACUGCACGAAGUUUUGAGAUGUAUACAUAUAGGGCUCCUAUGUAUUCAAGAUCACCCAGAUGAUAGGCCACUCAUGUCAUCUGUUGUGUUCAUGUUAGAAAACAGCACCGCGCCACUACCUCAACCGAAGCAACCUAUAUUUUUUGUGCAGAAAAACCGCGCAACUGAAGAUGCAAGACAGAACAUGAAAAAUUCGGUGAAUGGCUUCAGCAUAACAGUCUUGGAGGGCCGUUGAACGUUGGUAUUUGCUUUUAUUCUUGUAUAAAAAAAAUUUGGCACUCUCUGCAGCUAUGCCAUAGAAUUCAUUUUCAACUUCUGUUGAGUAUCCCUUGCCAAAUGGAGAAUAGAUAAUUGUCCUGACAUCUUAUCAUAGAUCCUAGUUUAUGUCUGAAAUGCACUCGUCUGGU